CACAAAGAACAGAGCUUACUUGGUCAUCAAUGUCAGACUUGACUUUGGGACUCAUCGAUUUACAAUCCCAAAAAAUAAGUUUUCUCAAGUCCCUCGUCGCGACUGUGUCAUCUACAGUGCUCGCUCGCAAAGAGUCAUGAUUUGACCGUGAGGUACUACAACAAUGAACAGGAAGCAAAGACGAGCCAAAGGCUCCUCUGAGCCAUCGAUCCAGAAUGCCAGCCACAUUCCGUUGAGCAGACCAGUCAAGGACGACUCGAGGAAAACGAAAACACUCCUCGAACUUGCGGCGGAAAGGGAGGCACAAUUGAACCCCGGCGCCAGGAAAUUCAAUCCUGGGAGCAAUCCCGAGAACAUUGUUGAAGUCAAGAUCGGCCAAGAUGGCAAGGUCAUCCCAAACGAGGCUCUGGCCGAUACCAGAUCGGCAACUCCUUGGCUAGAUGCCAUACUCUUGGUGAUCAGUCUGGCCGCGAUACAUUUCACCCUCGAGAUCUUGACCGUUCACCAGUAUGCUCAAGAGCUUCGAUAUAUGCCAAUUGUCUUGCGGACAUUAUUUGUUGCGUUCCCCACCUUGUUUGCGUUGGUGACUUUGUUUCACGGACUUCUACUACCUAUCACUUCGGACAGCUUCUCCAGAUCAGUGCAACGGUGGAUUUUGGCACUCCGACAGCUGUCCUACCUGGUCAUGGCUAACGUUGCUGGAUGUUACCUGAUUCAUGUAACGAACGACCGUGGGUACUAUGCAGUGAUGAAAACAGCUCCAGCCGUUGGGACGAUCUGGGUAUGGGCAGUCCUCGAACUUGGUCUGCUUGGGGCCCUGGGAGGAGUAGUCGGCCCUGGUCUGUAUGCUUGGUGGAAUGGAUACGGCAUAAUUUGACCGGAGGACCAGGUCUCAACAGAGAAGGACUCAGCAUGAAGGGUUGCUACAUGGUCCGAACAAAGAGUACCCGGAUCGGAGAAGGCUCGGAGAAGAAUGAACAUGUCCGCUCCGUGCACGGAGAAUCAUGUCAGCGGUACGAGGCCAGAGCCUACAAGCUUUUCAAUAGAAGCUUGGCAUGUCCGACACGGCGUUUUGCCUUUCCUCGUUUGUUACAGCCAUCAGGCACCAUACGCCGAUGUCGGUAAUCAACAGCGAUAAAUGAGAGACUUUUGUUUCUCGGGUACCGGAUCUCACCAAUUUGUCCUACGAGUAUGUGCUUGACAACAUGUUCGGGAGUUGUAGGCAAAUGGUUUACUCCUAUUGUUGAGUGCCGUUGUCCUCAAAACCGGACAAGUCCGUUGCCGUUAAAGUAUGGAUGGCUCACGCAUAUGGGUAGUAUUCUAGAGUGCGCAGUGGCGCAAAAGUGGUACGAUGGCAAUUCAACAAGG